CAGACGCUGCUCUCCGCCCUCUCAUGUUUUGGCAGGUAGCAUGUGUAUUUUGGGUCAGGGCUAUGAGAUUCAUUUCUCACUCCUAGAGUAAAUGAGGCAUAUGCCACCACGGCUUGGAAGUGGGGGCCAAACAGUGAGAGUUUGGCCACACAAGAUUUUUCUUCAUAGUCAUAGCAGGGGUGUAAAAGUAUAGGCCAAGAUGCCACUCUUAAAACGUGUGGUGUCACCCGUGCAUGUGUCACGGGUGCCCUUAGUGGAGGAGUGGGUGACAGAUGACAAUGGCAGAGUCUACGCGGCUCUCCUGCCAGCCACAAAUCAACCGCAGGACCUAGAGUCCUUUACCAACCUCACCCUUGCCAACCUCAUCACCCAGUUAUCAUCACUUUCCCGACAUGCAGAAGACUUGUUUGGGGAAAUGAUAACAGAAUCCACCUCCAUUUUGAAUCGAACAGUAUCUUUACAAGGCAGGGUUGAUAAGCUCUCAGUCAAGGUUAAGAACUUGGAUAGCAAUGUAGAAGAAGUAUCAUUGCAAGACAUUCACAUGCGUAAGGCUUUCAAGUCUUCAGCACUGUUUGAUCAGCAAGUGGUUUCAAGAGACACCAUCCCAGCUGCCAUGUUGGAGACAUAUGAGACAUGCGAACAACCUCCGCCUCUUCACCAGCUGAAUCCCUACAGGGAUGAUGGCAAGGAUGGACUGAAAUUCUACACUGAUCCAUCCUACUUCUUCAACCUCUGGCGUGAGGAGAUGACCCAGGAGACUGAGCGGCUGAAGCUGGACAAGAAGCAGAAGCAUGCACAUGGAGGGGAGCAUCGAAAUGAGCCAAAUAAACCGAAGGGAGAUGGAAGAAACAAGAGUAAAAAGAUUCCUCGGCAAGCAGGAAACACGAGGGAAAAGCAUCGACAGCUGGCUAUUGCUCAUGGGGAAUACAUUGCACCACAGUCGCAGUAUAGGACUCCUAUGAAUCAAGUCAAUGAGAAUAUGUAUGACCAGUCAUUAGGAAUGAGCACAGCAGAUGGACGACCAUUGCGACCAAAUAGUAUAGAGCUUCGUGGUCAUUAUGUGAAUGCACAAACUGGGCAGGAGGUUGUGUACGGGACAAACUCCCAUCCCCACGCAUAUUCCCCGACCCAGGAGAUGGCUCAGACUGUCCCAGCUUCAGAUCACUCUGGAUACCCACCUCCCUACCAGGAUCAGUAUUCAGGGUACCCACCACCUCCCUAUACACCAGAUGGAGCUGGAUCACAGGGCAGUACACCUAGUCGAAGUUCAUCGCAGCGACCACCUUCAAACAGGCCCCUGCAGCCACCACCUGCACCCCCGAGUGGCAACAAUACGCCUACACCACCAGGAGGUUCCCACAGUGGCACCCCAACACGCUUACGUGGGCCCUCACAAGGCAGAGAGUGUCUACCUCCUCCUCCACCUCCACCAGGGCCACAGCAGCAGGUGUCUCAUCCUGGUCUGUCUAGAGGGCCAUCCAUGUCACCAGGACCCGGGCGACAUGUUCAGCCCCAUGAGCAUGACCUCCCACCUCCGCCACCUACUCCAGACAAGGCUGGUGAUGCUGAGGUUCCAAAUGGGAAUGCUCCUGGAGCACCUCUUCCACCUCCAAUGCCUAAUGGUGUUAUAAAACAACAACCACAGACUGUCUUAGCUAAACCUAAGAAAGUGGAGAAGAAAGUGUUACCUCCAGUUGAAACAGAUGGUCGAAGUGAUCUACUUAAGGCAAUUAGAGAAGGCAUCAAGCUACGGAAGGUUGAUGAUGUCAAGACAAAGCCAAAGGAAGAUCCGGACAGUGUGGAUGUUGCCUCAAUCCUCCAGAGAAGAUUUGCCUUUGAGGUCAGCGACAGUGAAUCAUCCUCAGAUAGUGAGUCGGACAGCGACGAAUGGGAUGAGACAAGCGCAUAGUUCUGUGACAGGGCACUAUCAUCUCAAUAUCAUUUAUCAUAUGGCUAUUGCCACUUAUCUGUCACAGUGGAAUUGCAAAUUGAAAACGUCUUUAGUCAGAAGUGAGGAAUGGCUUUUAAGUGUAUUCCAGCAACAGUGAGACUCCUGUCACGCAGCUCUGGGUCAUGAGCCCGUGGAAACAUUGCUGAAGCUGGGAAUUUAGCUCAGAUAUGUGAUGUGAUGUGAGGCUUCUCAUUCUUUAAGGCCAUAUGCAAGUGAUCUGUUCAGUACAUAUGUACUGAACUGUUGAUACUUACUGAGACAUGAAUACACAAAGUCUGUAUUUUAUGCUUUGAAGUUGAGGAGUUUGUCAUCUGAAUAGCACAGACACUAGGAAAUUUUCAGAUGGAAUAAUUAUCACUUCAGUUGUUCUUAAUAGCAGUUGAAACUAUGUCAGGAUAUGAAAUUUAACUUGCAAGCAUCACACCACUUUUCCUUAUUGGCUAAACUUUACUUUUUCCCCUUUUUUUGUAAGAGAAAUAAAUUUGUUGCCUAAAGUUAGUGUAAUUAUGAUUAGCAAAUACAAAAUAAUGAGUUGCUGUAAACUUCCAACCAUACUGGAAAAUAUUCAGGAAGUCACAGUAUAUUGUAAAUGUUUUUUCUUUUACUUGUUUUUGUUAUCCUUCCUUUUUUAAUAGAAGCUUGUAAUAUAUUUCCAUUUUAUGUCAAGGCUUUAUUCAUGUGAUACACUACCAGCCCAUUUUCUGUCACUGCUAUUGUGCUUUGUUGUGUAAAUUUUCUGAGUUAUAUUAAGUUUAAUUCCAAAGAUGAAAACAUUAUUACUUUCAUGGUAACUGCCACUUGUAUUGGAUAUUUGGCCAUCUACAUUAAAAUAAGUUAGUUCAUUGUAUCCCAUGUAAUGAGAAAAGUAGCUGUUUUAUAACUGUAUGAGAAUUAUGAAUACUCAUGAUUAGGGUGCUUGGAGAAAGGAACACAUUGGCCAAAGCAAUAUUGGGGUGCAUCAGCUGUCAUUUUGUUCAACAGACUUUUGUUAUGGGCUGAAAUUCAUCAAAAGGUCUUUUAGGUUACGUUUCGGUUGCUUGUCAGUGUGGGAAGUAACGCACAAUUUCUAGAUAAUGUAGGGUUCUUACAACAUAUUUACUGUUGUAUAACUUUUCCCAUAUGUACCUUUCAAUACGCACAUAUUUAUCUUCUCAGGUUUAUGAUUAUAAUUGAUUUUGAGUUAAAAUGAGUGAUGAUAUAGCCAUAUGUAUGGAUAUAACAGGAUAAAAAGUUUUAAUGAUGAUAUAAAAAUCAUAAUUCUCUAAGAUUAUUUGAACAGAUUCCUUCAUUAAGCAUAUAUGAAGUUGUAAGCUACCCACAAACAAGGUUACUCAGAACUCUCUUACCUUGAUUUUAUCAGAAUAGGUAGAUGAGACAGCCUUUACUCACAAAUAUAUGUAAUGCAAGUAAUUCAGCCGCUAGAUUGUCAUUCUCUAUGUAUAAAGAUGCUUUGAUUUAUAUACGUCAUUUAAUAUCUUACCUUUCUUGGGCAGUCCGUGGGAAUGAACAUUAAGUUGGGAAUGUGUGUCGUUUUGUGUAUAAUAUCUCUGUGGAUGAAAUUACAAAAAGUAACAAAAAACUUGGUUAAUAUUAUGCAGUUUCCUGCAAGGAUGCACAAUGAAAUCUGUAUUUUUAUUAUUGUUAUGUUUAAAGUGGGGUUUUAAGAUGAAUAUUCUUUCAUUUAAAUGCUUGGUUAGAAUUGCCAACUGCAGUUUCCUCCAUUCAGUCUUCAGGAUUACUUGUCUGUGCUGAUAGUUCUGGUCAAUAUUGUGUGUUGAUGGUAGCAAAGCUUUUGAUAUGAAUGAUGAGAGUUACCUAUGUUGAAAGAAGUCACUGAGAUCUUUGUAUGCCUUUUAUGUAGCAAUACUAGUAGGCUUUUUUAGGAGGAUGACGUUGAAAUUAUUAAGCAAAAACUGCAAAGGAAAUGUUUUUUCCUGAAUUCUUCUAAGCAUAAGGUAUAGUAGACUAGUCAUUUUGUACUCAAGUGUUAUGGCCAAAAUAUGGUUUGCAGAAAGUCAACUGAACUGAACUUCAGUAAUCUGUGAUUGUUGCAAUGAAGGUUGAUGUUCUGAUGGGAAGUUUAUUGCUAACCAUUUUUGUUUUAUUGCAAAAUGUAUUCACUUGAGUCUCAUGAACAAUAUUAUUUGCAAUAUAUACACCCAGUGAAUUUAUGCUUUGGGGCUUUUGAACCAUUGAAGAGGUUUAAACUUAACAAAUAUAUUACAUAUUAGUAAGGUUUAUAUCACAGCUAAAAGUUUCCCUGAGUAGAAGUAAUAUUGAAUUUGUGUUUUAGAUAUUUAAUCUUUUCUGAACUAUAUUCUUUUCCUGAUGAAAUUUAAGUGUACAUUAUCUAUUUCUAUUUCAUCAUGGCAUUUCAAACAUCUUAAAAUAGGUGAGUUAUGCCAUAGACAGCAUGAUUGAUACAUAGAAUGUUCUGUAUUUCAUGAAUGUAUAUGCAAACUUAUAUAUUCUUAAUAAGGGAUUUUGUAUAUUGUUUUCUUUGAAGAAUAGUCUUCAUUCAGUGUUCAAAUGUUAACAAUUUGGUUAAGAAUCUUUAUUUGUUAUACUGCAGUAUGCGAAGCAGUGCAGUUCUCCUUCCUACUGCUGGGACAGAUAUUUCCAUGAUUAUAUCAGGUACACAAAGAGUAACUAUACUUUGAGAAGUAAAUAAAGAUGCUGAGUGGGUAGUCUUUGUGGUGCACAUCCCAUGAGCUGUAGAAGUUGCAUGUGUUCCUUAUUGUAUCUGUACAUAGCUUUUGCUCAGACAGUAGAUGGUACAAGUCGACACUAAUCACUGUUCACAACAUCUGCUGCAAUGGUCACAAGGAUAAUUGGUGAAAUCGCAUCUGUAUGGGAUCAACACAUUAUGAUGUAAGUCAAUAGAAGUAGUGGAAAUAAGCAUUAUAUUCAUAUUUUCAAAGGUUGAAUGUAAAAAGCUUAUUUUGGGUGAAAAACGGUAUUGCGUAGGAAAGUGAGCUCUUCAGUCGGAGGAAAGGUUUCAUUUGUUAUUAAAAUGGUCUGAUUACUGGCUAAAGAUUGCCAAGCUAUAUGGAUAAAAAUAAAUAUGCACUUGUGGAAUGAAUAUUACUUGUCAGAUUUAUCAACGUCACAUUUUCAGUUUUAUCAACAUAGAUAAAAAUGAUUCAUCACUUUGUUGUGAAUAUUUACUGGGUCUGCAUGAAUUGUAUCAUGAAAAUGGUGAUAUAUCUGUGUAAGUGUUGCUGGUCCAUUCAGGGACAUAUCUUGUAUUUCCCUUUUGAGGACAUUUUAUAUAUCGGAAAAUAAAAAUAUCUGUCUAGUGAAAGCUUAGCUACUGAAAUGAUUUUGAUCAAGGCUGAUGUGAAAAUAUAUAAUGUAAUGUAUAAUUUUUUGUCACAUGUUCUUAUAGAAAAAGUGUAUUGGAAUAAG